GCCCUGUCGCCGCCCGGCCCUUCCGUCUCUCCGAUCUCAUCCUCGGCCCUCUGCCGGUCGUCUUCCACCCUCCUAUCCCUCCUGCCAUGGUCUUUGGCUGCCUCUUCUGCGGCACCGAUCCCGAGUUCGACAAGCAAGAACGCGACGAGGCCGCCCGCUCGGCGCCAGUGGUCGAAAUCCCCUCGCCCCUCGAGUCGUCCAAGCCGGCCCGUCCUGUCGCCCGAUCGCCGACAGAGUCGCUGGUUCCUCCUCCUUCGGAUCCCUUUGGCCCGUGGCUCCAUCCCCUCGAAGCCGUCGUGCGGCUUGCUGCCGAGGAGCCCGAUGCCAUCGCCAUUCUGACCAUCGAGAAUGGCUCCACCGAAAAGUACACCUACCGCCAGCUCUGGGAACGCGCCUAUUCGAUUGCCCAAGGCCUCAAGGCCCUCCCCGACUGGAGUGAUGACAGUCCGGCUGUUGGACUCUACUGCGACCACGAAGUCUACUGGGUCUUUUACGUCUAUGCCAUCUGGAUCACUGGAAAGCGGGUCUUCAACUUUGCCCUGAACUGGCACUCGGACUUUCGAAACCAAGUGGCAAAAAAACUCAACAUCAAAUAUGUGCUCUACCACUUUGUCACUCCUGGACGCAUCGAAGGCACCACGCCCUUGGGCUCCGACAAGUUCCCCCAGCUCGAGAAUAUUCCUGUCCCGUCGCUGAGCGCGUGUGCUCCGCUCGAGGACCUCGUUGCCUAUUUCAGUACAGCAGGAACGACCGGUACCCCCAGGGCCUAUGCAGUGUCCCACAAGGCCGGCAUUCCGCGACGAAACUCGCUCGGGGUACCCUACGGAGCUGUCGGCAUAUACCAGGAGCCGUCCUUUGCCCUCAUGUUCACCUUCCUGCUCUUCGCCCCAAACGUGAAAGGCUCGCUGUGGUUCCCUAAACCCUCGGCCAGCCCUGUUGAGAGAGCCAACGGCGUGUUGGAUCUCCUGAAUCUGGGCAUGGAUAUCCUGCAGGGUACUCCCUCGCUGCUUAGGUUGAUGUUCAAGCUCGACAGAGUCCAUACCGAGUACAAGAACUGGUCGGGCGUCCGUCGCAUUUUCAUGGCCGCCGAGCUUGUCCCAGCCCAUCUGCUUGAACAGGCCAAGAUGCUGUGCCCCAACGCCGUUAUCGAGUGUUCCUAUGGAUCGAGUGAGAUCGCCGUCAUCCAUGGUCAGUCCCAAUGCACCAUCAAUCCUUCUGAGCCCAUCCCAGAGCGCCUCGUCUAUGUCAUCAAGCGACCCAGCAUCCGAUGCCUGGUCGUUGACGAGAACGGCAAGAUGCUCGACCCGACCGAAUCCAAGAAGGGUAUCCUCGUCCUGGCCGUCAACCAGAACGAUCCCGUCAGCAAGCACCCAGACUUUGUCGCUGCCGAUCCUCAAGAUAAACUAGCCACUUUUGGCUUCCUGGAGGACGGCUCGCCCCGUAUCUGUACUAUGGACGAGGUUGAGCUGACGGGCGAGCGUUCGUUUGUGGUCCUGGGCAGAUAUGGCAAGAACGUCAAGGUCAACGGUCUGCAGGUCGAUCUCCGUCUGGUUGAGGAGAUCCUCAGCAUCGCCAUUUCGUCCAUGAUCACUGACUGCGCCCUCGUCCAGACUCACGACGAAAAAAUCGCUCUCUUGUACGUUCUGCGCAAAGACUACCCGACGGCGCUCAGCCCCCGGCAGAUCCAGGACUCGGCCGAGACCAUCUUUGCCCUCAAGAAUCUCUCCAACAUCUCGAUCCACACCUGCCUCGAGCUCAGCGAGAUCCCCUUCAACCAUGCCGGCAAGCGUGAUCUCAAAAAGCUCAAGCGCAUCGCCGAGCGGGCUGACUUUUACGAGCUUGCGAUCUCGUACCCGGCCCUGGAUAUCAACGACACGGCCCUGGCCGUCAUUGCCAUCACCAUCUCCCGACUCGGAAGCCAUAUCUUGGACGUUGAGGCCCUGGACGGACGCAACUACUACAUUGCCGGAGUCGGCUUUGACUCGCUUACCGCCGGCCGUCUCGCUCUGGCCAUCAAAGACGAGUUUAAUGUCGAGAUCACGCCCUUGGUGCUGCUCUCCAACGGCAUGACUCCCCUGAGUGUUGCGAGCAUCGUGGCCGAUAUCCGCGACGGCAGGGACUUUCAUCCACCGACAAUCGACCUGGCCGAGCAGGUUGAGCUCUACGACGAUGCCUCCGUGACGGCCGAGGGCCUCGCUCCCCUGGCCUUUCCGCGCUCCCCUCGAUCCAUCCUUCUGACGGGUGCCACGGGGUUCCUCGGUAUCUUCUUGGUCUUUGAGCUGGCGGCCCAGUUCCCCGAUGCCAAGAUCAUCUGCAUGGUCCGCGCCUCGAGCGAAACCGAGGCCCUGGAGCGCCUCCGACAGUCGGCCAGCACCGUCGUUGUGGGCUCGCACAACGGCACGAACCCCAAGUACAACGUCUGGGACCGCGUGCUACCCAUCUGCGGUGAUCUCGGCCUCGAAAAAUGGGGACUUUCGGACAGGCUCUGGAAUGAGCUAGCCGAGCAGACCGACGUCAUUGUCCACAACGGCGCCGAGGUUCACUGGCUGCACAAUUAUAAUAGGCUCAAGGGGCCCAAUGUCUUGGGCACCGUGACGGCCCUCAAGCUUGCUACAGCCCACCACCUCAAACCCAUCCACUACAUCUCGGAGGCUCGCGUCAUUCCCCAGUCGGUAUAUUCAAGCCAGCCCCUGGAAGAAAUCUUGUACUCGGCAGACGACCUUACCGGCGGCUAUGUGCAGACAAAGUGGGUUUCGGAGCAGCUGAUCGACAGGACGCGAUCCAGAGGAGUUCCCGCGACCAUCAUCCGACCAGCUGGCAUCGUCGGCGAUAGCAUCUAUGGAGUAUCCAACUCCGACGACUAUAUCUGGCGAUACGUCAAGGAAUGCAUCCAACUCGGCGUCGCCCCGUGCCUCGGCAGCACCCUGUCCACUAGCAUCGAUCCAGUCGAUCAUGUCGCCCGGGUUAUCACCGAGAUUGUUGCCGCCCAGGAUUCUCUCGACAAGUUUGUGUUCCACAUUAGCGAUCCAGAAAACAGCGCCAUCAGCGAAGCCGAGCUCUUCGAGGCUGUCAAGGAGCUGGGAUGGGACAUUACCUUCGAGUCCCGCGACCGAUUCCGGGCCAUCCUGGCCGAUUCGCGCACAGCCCAGCAGAACGUCCUCUUCCCAUUGAUGCACGCAGCUAUGAGCGCAUCCUUCCUGAUGGACAACAAACAUACCCGCGCGAUCUACUCAGUCCAGAGCCCUCCGGCUCGCACUCAGGUCGUCAACUCCCUGCGCUACUUGCAGCGUGCUCGCUUCCUGCCCAGGCCUGCGACAAGUCCGAUCCUGGACGACGUUGAUGCCGGGCUAUCGAUUGUGGGGCGCACAGGUCGCAGCUAAGCGGGGCUAAAGUGCCUUCCAUCUGCUCUCAUAUCUGCUCUGCCUUCUCUCGACUCGAUCCUCAUACCGAUAAUACGGAAAAAAGAGCGAGAACAGCAAAUGAGUACGAGACCGAGGUAUCGCUCAAGGGCACUGUGUGGAUGUCUCGCUGCCCACCGCCCCGAAAUACAUGCCUGUCGUGGCGACUGCCGUCUGUGCAAGA